AUGGGAUUUGAAAAUGGUUGCCUUAAAGGAUUAAGGGAUGCAAUACUUCCAGCUGCAAGUGGAAUAUUCAAUGUUGAAGACAAGGAAAUAAAAUCAUUAUUAAAGAGCGAAGAAUACGAAAUUUUUUCAAAUAUAAAUCUACCGUUUCAUGAAGUGCCAGAAAAUUCAGCAAACUACUUACUUACGUUAGCUAAAAAAAUUUCAUCAACACAAGAACUAUGUCAUUAUUUGGCAACAAUGCCUUGGGGGGAUGAAGUUUAUAAUAUAGAAAUGCAUUAUAAUCUAAGAGUAAUAUGGAAUACCAUGGAACAAUUGUUUCCAUCAGUAAAAGUUAUCCCGGAACCAUGGACUACAAAUAAUUUAUUGGGUUGUGUCUUUCAAGAGAUGUUCAUAGACAUUAUUGAAAUGUUGAAAUGUGAAACGAUGAGCAAAGCAUCAUCGAUGAGAAAGAAUCAAGAACGAUUAGAAAAACUUGAUUCAAAAACCAGAAAAAAGAAAGGACAUAAUAUUGAUAUUAUAGGUCGAAGUUAUGAACCAGAAAAAUAUGAAUUGAUUAAAGUUGAGAUUAAAAAGAAUGAUGAAUUGACUGAUCAAACCAACUGUAUAAAUGAUCGAAAAAAACUUUUCAGGGAAAUGAAGGACUCACUUGAUCAAAUUUUAUUAUUAUUUGAAGACACUCCCAAACCACAUAAACUUAUGGUGUGGGGUAUUUCGCAUUGUGAAUUAUCAGGGAUCAUAUAUGGGAUGGAUAAUCCAUUUGGACUCGAUUAUUAUAGACUAUUUACAUUUGGAAGAUACAAUUUACCAUCAUCAUUUUCCAAUAUUGGUGAUUUAUUAAUGAGUAUAAAAUUACUAUUACAGCUAAAGAUGGUUAUAAAAAAACAGUUGGAUUUAAUUAGAUCAAUGAAAAUGUCAAAUUUAUUAAAAGAUAUCACAAACAAAAAAAUAUCCAAGGGUGACAAAUUCAAAGUUAAAAUCCAAACCGAAACUUCGCCAGAACCAAGGAAAAGGAAAAAGAUGUCUCAUUAA